AUGGCAUCCGCCGUUACGGCGUUGAAGCCGCUAGCCGAUUUCGACGUUGAGCCGGAGAUAGUCACAAGAGACGACUCUGAGCUUGAGGAGUUGAGUCCAGCUUUCUCCGAGUUGUACGAAUACGCUCAUGAUUUCAUGGACAUCCUUAAACAACACAGUGAUGGCAACCUUGAGAAGCGUGACACCUUGGAGGAUGUCUUGACCGGUGUUCUUACUCAAGUCAAGGACAACCAGGUUGUGGAGGGCAUUUUACUCGAAGUCGCCAGCUCCAAGCAGCAGAUAGAUAACUUGUCUAGAGCCGUCUACUCGCUCUUAGCCAACAUGAUGACCGGCAACUCGGCCCUCUCAGGCCUCAACAUCACCUUGGACAUGGACAGCAUCUUGGCCGAGGUUAUGGCCUCCGGUCUCAUAACGUCUGUCGCUGAUGACUUGCUUCUCAACGACCAAAACAGAGAGAACUUGACCUACCACGUUGGUGACCUCUUGACUCAGCGUCCUUUCAUCGCUGAAAUUCUCAACAAAGUUGGCCAUGGCAGUGACCUUACUUUCGACAUGAUCUUCAGUACCUCAAGAAAUUUCAAGAGUAAGGCGCCAGAGUUACAGGAGAACGCCACAUUCUACUCCAAGCGUGCCGACCUUUUCUCAAAGCGUGCCGACAGCGAAUAUCUGGGCUCUCUUAACGCUUUUGUCAGCAAUAUUAUUAACUCGGCUACCCUGGGUGGUCUCAUUGACGAAUCCCUUGGCUCUAUCCUUGCGGCUGUGAAGAACAGUGGCCUUGUUACCCCCAUUGUUUUGACCGCCGUCCAGAGGCCUGCUAUGGAUAUGGUGGGGCGUAUUUUGAAUAAUCUCUACGACUAUGGCGUCUUCGACAGCAUUCCCCUCAAUGAUUACUUUGAGGAUGCCAAGAAAUCACAUGUUCUCGCAGACAGCACGCAAGAUCUCUUGACCCACAAGAGAUACUCCCCGCCAGUUGCAAAAUUGUUCCAGCAGUUAGAGGACCAAGGUACUCUUGAAAAUAUCAGACGCAGCUUGUACGGCUAG